GCCUUUCCGGGUGAUGGUUUGGAGCCCAUUUAAAUGGGCAGGGAUGCGCUCUAUGGGAUCCCCUUUCUCCUGCUUUUUCCCAGUCUGAGAACUGCUCAGAUCGUUUCUGGAACUUCCAAAGCCUUCUGGGUGGCUGAUGGAUGAGGUGUCUUUGGAGCCUGUCAGACUAAUGAGUGGUUCUGCCCAAAGGUGACCCCUUUUUUGGAGGAACCCUGAGCUCCUUACCUGACAAGGACAGGUUUGUAGCAGCAGCAGUUCUUCUGCUCUUGCAACAAAGAGGCACCGACAGGAAUAGCUGAUGCAACCACAGAGGCAAAGUGCUGUGGGAAGAGACCGAUUCAGAAAGGAGGAAGCUGCUUGCCUUUGACCAUCUGUGGGAUGUUCUAGGGCCCUUUGUCUUUGGGCAGCGCUAAAAAUACGAGUGAACCAAGAUGCUGUUUUGUUCCUGGGUUUCAGCUCUGAACUCACCUGUCUGCUCCCUGAAACCAACAGUGGGUGAAGGACAUGGUAUUUCUUAGAGGAAAGAAGACUUUCUUUAGGUCUCUGGAAACAAAAGCAAUGCUCCUUUCCCCUUCCCUUUCAAGAGCACCAUACGGAGAAAAAAAAAAGUGUCCCAAAUAACACAGUUUUGAGAUUUCAGUAACUGAAUGGUGAUGCUGCCCAUGCAGAUGGAGUGAGAACUGGAGAGCAGUGCAUGUUGUACGGACAUGAAGAUGCCAUCAGCACCUUCAAAACCCCCAGUUCCUGCAUAUGAACUUAACAGAGAGACCUCUCUGCAAAAUGGUUCCAAGUAGACCUCAGCCCCGCUGCUCCCUUCUGCCGGUGGGCUUGGAGCUCUGGUUUUAUGUUCAGACAAUGCGCAACCUGCAGAAGAGAAGAAUGGAGGCAUCCUGCCUGGAACUGGCCCUGGAAGGAGAGCGCUUGUGCAAGGCUGGGGACUUCAAAGCUGGGGCAGCCUUCUUUGAAGCAGCAGUGCAGGUGGGGACAGAGGAUCUGAAGACUCUCAGUGCCAUCUACAGUCAGCUGGGCAACGCCUAUUUCUACCUAAAGGAGUACUCCAAGGCCCUGGAGUACCAUAAACACGACCUUACCCUGGCCAGAACCAUCGGGGACCGCAUUGGAGAAGCCAAGGCAAGCGGCAACCUCGGGAAUACAUUGAAAAUACUUGGGCAGUUUGAUGAAGCUGUUGUUUGUUGCCAGAGACACUUGGACAUCUCUCAGGAGCAGGGAGACAAGGUAGGUGAAGCCAGAGCACUCUAUAAUAUAGGAAACGUUUACCAUGCAAAGGGAAAGCACUUAUCCUGGAACAUGGCUCAAGACCCAGGCUACGUGCCUCAAGAAGUCAAGGAGACGUUACAGAAAGCUUCAGAAUAUUAUGAGAGGAACCUGUCCCUGGUGAAGGAGCUGGGGGAUAGAGCUGCACAGGGCCGUGCGUAUGGCAACCUUGGCAACACCCACUACUUACUUGGCAAUUUCAGUGAAGCUAUAGCCUUCCACAAGGAGCGCCUUGCUAUUGCGAAGGAGUUUGGGGACAAGGCAGCCGAGCGGAGGGCGUACAGCAACCUGGGCAAUGCGCACAUCUUCCUUGGGAAGUUUGACAUCUCUGCCGAAUACUACAAGAAAACACUCCAGCUCUCCAGACAACUCAAAGACCAAGCAGUGGAAGCCCAGGCUUGCUACAGUCUUGGAAACACAUACACACUGCUUCAAGACUAUGAAAGAGCAAUCGAGUACCAUCUAAAACACCUGGUGAUAGCACAGGAGCUGGGAGACAGGGUGGGAGAAGGAAGAGCCUGCUGGAGUCUAGGAAAUGCCUAUGUCUCCCUGGGGAGCCAUGAACAAGCUUUGCACUUUGCAAGGAAACAUCUUGAAAUCUCCCAAGAGAUCGGGGACCGGAAUGGGGAGCUGACAGCACAGGUGAACAUGGCCCAGCUCAAGUCAGCCCUUGGCUUGGGCCCUGGGGAUGAGGACGUGGGUACAGCUCAUCACUAUUCUGGCUAUGAAGCACAAGGAGCCAGGCCAAAGAGACUCCAAAGGAACAGCAUGGACAGCUUAGACCUCCUGAAGUUCCCUUCUGAAAAGAAAAUCAACCGGACCCCUUCGGAUGAGGAAUGCUUCUUUGACCUGCUGAGCAAGUUCCAGAGCAACCGGAUGGAUGAUCAGCGCUGCCCGUUGGAAGAAUGCCCAUCGGAGGCGGCAGAGGCAGCUGCCACACCGGUCCCUGCCCUGGGAGAACGGAUAUCGCAGUCCUCCCUGAUGGCGUCUCCGCAGACGGAGGAGUUCUUCGAUCUCAUCGCCAGCUCCCAGAGCAGACGACUGGAUGACCAACGUGCCAACGUGGGCAACCUGCCAGGCCUCCGGAUAACACACAACAACCUGGGGCACCUGCGUGUGGAGGGGGAUGCCCAGGAGCCUGGGGACGAGUUCUUCAACAUGCUCAUGAAGUGUCAGUCCUCCAGGAUAGAUGACCAGCGCUGUGCACCACCAGACUCCAUCCCCCGUGGCCCCACUAUGCCAGACGAAGACUUUUUCAGCCUCAUCCAGCGUGUCCAGGCCAAACGAAUGGACGAGCAGCGGGUAGACUUGGCCUCCGCUCAGGAAGAGGCAGCAGAGGAGCCGCAGAGGCCUGGUUCCAGCUAAGAACAGGGGUUUGGUUUGGGGGGGGGGUGGUUUCGGUUUCAUUUUGUUUUGUUUUGUUGGUUUUUUUAAAAAAAGAAAAAAGCGUAGGUGGUUACAAACCCCAGCACUCCUGCGCUACCACAGACUUCUCCAGGGAGCUGCCCCGGGGACACGGGGAGCCGUACCUCCUCGCUCGGCGCAGGCAGUGUUACAGGAAGGCCCACUGGAGGAGGGGACAGUUUUUAAACAAGGGGUAUUUUUAGGACCUGUGGCUGCUGUAACACCAGGCACAACAGGAGGGAAGACUACUUUAGCAGCCCCUUUGCUUAUCACCUAAAAAUCCAGGAACUUGUGCUGUCAGGCAAAGGAGGAGCCCAGAGUGGGUAGUUAACUCCAGCCUUGAUGUCUUUUAUUUCCACAACAGUUUUAAUUUCAUGGGGGAAGGGAAGAGCACCUUUUCCAUUUUGAAGUUGUCCUGUUUCGCCUGCAUCGUGAGGUGACACAGAUUGCUCUGGCUCCUUCCCUGGAACGUCUUGCUCAGCUUUGUUCCUUCUACAGGAGGAAAUGAGCCCAAGUCAGAGGCCACACCGGUCCUUUUCACCCUCACCCCUGCCCCAGCUGUGGUCAUGGUCCCACACACCUUAUUUUAGGUUUGCUGAGGACUCAGCAGUGAGCCCUAGGACACCCCCACCGGCUCCCCAGCCCCAGUCCUGUACCGGGACCUCCUGAGCAGGAGCAAAGCCCCGCUCGCCGUCAGCUUUAGUGGGAUCUGCUCACCUCUAGAGAGCAGCCGUGCAACAAAGCCCAGCUCCAGCCUGGGACGGAGCCUGACCAGUAACCGCCAGCUGUGCGCCCCGAUCUGCAGACCCAGGACAGGGGGAAGGAGGUCCCUGUUCGGCACAUGUGGGCAGCUGGUGGCUCCUGGUGCUGCUGAGCCAGAAGUCUCCUGCAGGAUUUGUCCUGUGGGCAGGCCUGCAUUCGGCAAUGACCCGCUCUGAAAGCCAGGGGGUUUCUGGCCACGGCUUGUCAGGAGUUGCUCUCCUCCCUUUUGUGUCCAGCAGCAGUUGGGAAUAAUAGCCUCUCCCUCCCCUUGCUUCCUCCCAAACCAGUGCUGAGCUUUUCCCAGUCCCUGCAGGCCCUGGCCCAGCUGCUCCCGGCAAGGCACUCUGGUUUUGCCCAAUCUGUCUCCAAGAAUGGAGCCUCACGAGAGCCCCAGACCGGGGUGCUGGCUGGAAGUCAGCUCCACCCCCCACACAAGCGCAAGAGUCUACAUUUACUUUUGUUCCUUCCCCUCUUGGAACAGCUGGAAAAAUCAGCCCAGAGAGGAAGCAAGCAGGGAUCUAACUUCAGGAGGUGGAGUAUUUUUCACUUGCUUGACCAGCUAGGCUAUCUUGGACUUCAGAAGCUCCAGUAAUGAGUUCUGCCAAAGCAGAUAUGUUCUUAUAGAGAACAAAUCAGCACUUUCUCUUUGAAAUGCAUUCGAUGGAAACAUUUCCAACCAGCAGUAAGAUUUUUAGACCAGUGAUGCUGCUCAUCGGGCAUUUAACCUGCCUGCACUGACCAUGUGGAGAGUUAGCUGCAUUUUACCUGCUACCAGGGAGCACUCACCUGCCACGCUGCUGCAUGGACUGCUUGGCCGAGGCUCAGCCUCCUCCUUGGGGCUGGUCAGAGCUCUGGAGAAGGGGCAGGACCUGCCCAGCCACCUGCAUACCGACCUGGCUUGCGUUUGGAAAGAGGAGGAAAACACUGAAGGUGAAGGUGACUUGACCAGCUGCAGGCUCGGGCUUGUGCAGCUCUCAGCCAAGUGGUGAACUGGAAUCUGACCAUUAAGCUUUCUGAGGUGUUAAUUAUUUGCCAUAUACUUGAAUGUAUGAGCUUAUUUAUUUUUUACAUGUGCAUUUGCUAAUGUCAUUUUAAUGGGGAAUUUCUGACCCACAGGUACUUUUUUUUUUCUAAAAACAAAAAUAAUCUGCCAAAUGAAUUAAUAUAUUAGAAAUGAAUACAGCUCAAGGGGAAGGGGAGGGGGGUUGUGCUUAAUAAAUAUUUGUGUCUAAGCUUCA